AUGCGCUUUUUCGAUCUUGCGACUUUGGCGCUUGUCGGCGGUGCCGGUGCUUUCAAAGUUACGGAGCACGAUAAAUUGGCUGCUCUUGGCCUAGCAAACGUCGGAGUUGAUGUCGCAAAGAAUGGCUAUCCGAACCCUGGCCAGUGCACUUUGAAGAACGUGAAAGUUCGAUGCGAGUGGUCGACGCUCACGAAGCCCGAGAGGCGUAACUACAUCGAUGCCAUCAAGUGUCUUCACUCCAAGCCUGGUCUCACGCCAGCUGGGGUCGCACCUGGUGCAAGGAGCCGCUUCGACGACUUUGUCGUGACUCACGUCCAACAGACUUACUCUGUCCACGGAACUGCCAACUUCCUAGCUUGGCACCGAUACUACAUCUGGGCCUAUGAGCAGCUACUGCGUGACGAGUGUGGCUACAAAGGAUACUUGCCAUACUACAACUGGGCAUGGUGGCAUGAAGACCCCGCUUCAUCUCCCCUCUUCGACGGCAGUGAUACCAGUAUCGGUGAUGCUGGUGCCUACCUUCCGAAGCGGCGGGAUGCCCAAUCAAGCUUGAGCCUGGAAGUGGCCGUGGCUGUCAAAGGAAUCAAGCCGAACCCGCAAGCUGACGGUUUGGGUUACAACCCGAGAUGCUUAAGUCGGGACGUCAACAAGCACGCUGCUUACAGGUCGAGGGACGAGGUUAUUACCGAACUCAUCAAGAACAGCAAGGACAUCCUUAGCUUCCAGAACCGCAUGCAAGGCGAUUUCCCGACCGGUUACCUUGGCGUCCACAGCGCUGGUCACUAUACUGUGGGAGGAGAUCAAGGCUCCGACUUUUUCAACUCACCAUCCGACCCCGCUUUCUACUUCCACCAUGCUCAGAUCGACCGCACAUGGUGGAUCUGGCAGAACCACGAUCUCAAGAACAGGAGGAAUGCGAUCGAUGGCACCAUCACUUUCCUGAACUCGCCGCCGAGUCGUAACGGCACACUCAAUGACACGCUGACCUUGGGUCCGAUGUUGGAUACAUUUAAAAACAUCACGAACAAGGAUGCGAUGAGCACGCUUGGAGGGCCAUUCUGCUACAUUUAUUUGUGA